UUCCAUCCUUACACACCGUACGGACAAAAUGGACGCAAAAUCACCCACCAAACAAUGUAAUUCUAAUAAAGCAAGCAUAGAAAUUACAAUAGAUCAUCAUGAUGGGCCAAUAAGUAGUAACAAAAAAUUUAAAAAGGUCGGGCUAUACGAUCAUUUCGUGUCGACCAUAUUAGCUGAUUUCCAUGCAGGCUAUUUUAGAAUAAGCCUAGCUUUAUGUGCUCAAGUAUUACUAUGGAAAACCCUUGUUCAGUUCACUAAAAAUACCCAUAAUCCUCACUUACACCCAACACUCCUUUUGCUUCCUUCAACUGUUUCAACUCUACUAUGGUCCAUCUCUUUAGUCGUGCUCAUCUCGCUCUCCAUUGUUUACGCUUUACGUUGUUUUCAUCACUUUGAUAAGGUCAAGGCUGAGUUUUUGCACCAUGUUGGUGUCAAUUACUUGUUUGCUCCAUGGGUGUCCUGCUUAUUUUUACUUCAAACGUCGCCGUUUCUGACCGUGAAUAAUGGUGGUAUUAUAAGGCACGUAAUUUGGUGGGUGUUUGUUCUGCCCAUAAUCGUACUUGAUAUUAAGUUAUAUGGGCAGUGGUUUAUUAAGGGAAAGAGAUUCUUAGCUAAGGAAGCUAAUCCUGCUUGUCAGCAUUCAGUGAUAGCUAAUCUGGUUGCGGCUAAGUCGGCUGUUUUUAUGGGAUGGUCCGAGAUAGGAUUGUGCUUGUUUUCAUUAGGAAUGGCUCAUUAUUUUGUGUUGUUUGUUACACUUUAUCAGAGACUUCCAGGACGUAAUGGUUUUUCAAUAAUGUUAACGCCUGUUUUCUUCUUGUUUAUUGGGACACCGAGUAUGGGUAGCUUAGCUUGGAGCUCUAUAAUCGGGAGUUUUGAUGUUGCUUCAAAGAUGCUCUUCUUUCUCUCGAUGUUUCUAUUCUUGUCCCUGGUAAGUAGACCAAGGUUAUUCCAGAAGUCUUUGAAGAAGUUUAAUAUAGCAUGGUGGGCAUUUCCUUUUCCUACAACAUUACUAGCAUUGGCAUCCAUUGGCUAUGCUCAACAAUGCAAGGACAGUGUCGUUGCGCAAACAUUAGCUCUUCUCUUGUCCAUUCUUUCCAUGGUGGUUUCACUUGCUCUAAUGGUAUUCACUACUUUUAAAAUAAAUAAAUUGUUCCUUUCUACAUAACUAAUCAAUGGAGUCAUGUAUAUCCAUUAAUG